ACAGCUAGAUAUAUUAUCAACAACCCUACGGUGUCACAUCUCUACCGGCGCAUAUAGACUGGAUUUUUCAGCGUGCGAAAAAAAGGUGAUUAAAGUUAGAAAAGCAGUCCUCUAAAUGGAUAGACAUUGGCAAUAAGUGUCCUUUGAACGGUGAGACACACGUGUGACCCAUUGCAUGUUAGCUACACACGCGAAAAGUGCGUCUAAAGUUGCAGGGAAAAAAUCAAUACCAGCGAACGGGUGAAAAAAAAAUUUAUGGAAGAAGAAAAAAGUGCUAUAAACAGGCUAUUACCCGGAAAGCACAUAUAAAUUCCUGAAUAAAUCCGCAUAAAUAUUGACUAUAGAAUAGCGAGGAGUAAAGGAGCAAAACAAAGUUAAUCAGCAACGAGCGACAAUGGCCAACAACAACUACGCCGGGUUUAACUACGGCGGAACUCAGUACAACACGGGACAGGUCUCGUACCCGGCGGUAACCAAUGCCACCUACGCGAAUGCUGCUGCCUACCAAAAUGCUGCUGUGGCUGCCGGCCAGGGUGGCUAUGCAGCGGCCGGCGCCGGGGGCACUGGCUCCGGUGGACCGGGUGGUGCCUCAUACGGUGGCUAUGGCGACUAUCGCAAUGCCAUGCAGUCGUACGACGCAACCAAGACAUUCUACCAACAGUCGCCGGCCAGCUACAACGCUCCCGGCUCGGCAGCCGCAGUCAGCAAAACCCACUACUCAGCCCCGCCGGUAAAGAAUCCCGUCAAGAACAAGAUGGACAAGUCCAACGGUGCCCAGAAGCCACCAAAUGCCCCCCCACCAGGAGGAAAUAACUACAGCGGCUAUGAUACGGCUAUAUAUAAUGCAGCUAGCAUGUAUGUUGCCCAACAGCAUCAGGGUGGACCGGGACAGAAGCCGAACGGCGGAGCCAACAACUGGUAUCAGCGCAAGAUGGGUCCCGCCAUUCCAGGAGCUCCGGCUAUUCGAGGCAUGCGCCCCAAGGCCCCGCCACGCCCGCAGCAGUUGCAUUACUGCGAAGUGUGCAAGAUUUCGUGCGCCGGUCCGCAAACAUACCGCGAACAUCUCGAGGGACAGAAGCACAAGAAACGCGAAGCUUCUCUGAAGAUGUCGGCCAGCGCCACCAGUACUACUCAGAAUCGGGGCAACAAUUACCAUUGCGAGCUGUGCGAUGUGACUUGCACCGGAACGGAUGCCUAUGCCGCCCAUGUGCGCGGUGCCAAGCACCAGAAGGUGGUGAAACUCCAUCAGAAGCUGGGAAAACCGAUUCCCUCCGAUGAGCCAAAGAAGCUGGGAAAGAUCAAUUUCGUUCCGGCCGCCGGUGGAGCUGCAGGUUCCGCGGGAGCUGCAGCCAAAGCUGAGGGGGCAGCGAACGAAAGUGAUACAGCUGGAGAUCUUGAUGAUGCUCUGGACGAUUCCCUGGGAGAGAACACGGACAACAUAAAGCCCGUCGGCGGCGAAUACAUUGAGGAGGUCAAGGACGACGAGGGCAAGAUCCUGAGCUUCAACUGCAAGCUCUGCGACUGCAAGUUCAAUGACCCGAAUGCCAAAGAGAUGCACAUGAAGGGACGCCGCCAUCGCUUGCAGUACAAGCGCAAAGUACAGCCCGAUUUGGUGGUUGAUUUCAAGCCCACUCCUCGCCAGCGUCGUCUGGCCGAGGCCCGUGCCCAGCGUGCUCUGAUGUCCUCCCACCGUGGCGGGGAUGACCACGAGGGCGGCGGCAACUACUGGGACGAGCAGCGCAAUCGCCAGUAUAGCGAGGAGUAUGACUAUAACAACUGGAUGUCUCGCAGCUUUGGAGGUGCUCAGCGCUUCGGACGCAUGGGUAAUGGGCCGCCGCCGCACUUUGGCAUGAUGCCCGGCGGAAAUGUACGGCGUCCGGAGAGCACCGACGACCGUCAUGCCAUUGCACGCCACGCCGAGAUCUACCCCAAGGAGGAGGAGCUGCAGACAAUCCAGCGCAUCGUUUCGCACACCGAACGGGCCCUCAAGCUCGUUUCGGAUGCUUUGGCCGAGCAGCCGAGCGAGGCCGGGCAGGCGAUUAAGAAGGAGAAGACGGACAAGCCGUCGGAGAAGGACGGAAGGGACAACCAGAUAUUCUCGUUCCACAAGGACGCCGAUAACGGCGGCAAUGUGGUGCGCAUCUUGAAGGGCGUGAUGCGGGUGGGCUACUUGGCUAAGGGCCUCCUACUGCACGGCGACAAUGCCGUGGAGCUGGUGGUGUUGUGUGCGGAGAAGCCGACGGCUGGGCUGCUGCAGCGCGUCGCGAAUGUGCUGCCCGACAAGCUGAAGGAGGUGGCAGGCGACGUUCCCGUCAACUAUCGGGUGGAGGUCAACACCGACGACGCUGCGGUUAUCGUCCUGGAUGAGGCUGUCUCGGUGAAGAUUACUCUCACCUCCCCAUUGCUGCGCGAUGCUAACUCCGAUGGUUCGGUCAAGGAGGAGGGCGACGAUGCCGAGUUCUUGCCACGAGAGCCAUGCCUUCGGGCUUUGGCUGACCUGCGACAUGCCAAGUGGUUCCAGGCACGCGCCACUGGCCUGCAGUCGUGUGUCAUGGUGAUUCGCAUUCUACGGGACCUGUGCCAGCGCGUGGCAUCCUGGCAGUCGCUACCUCAGUGGUCGCUGGAGCUGCUGGUGGAGAAGGUUAUCUCGUCAGCCGGAUUCCCCAUCUCGCCCGGCGACUGCAUGCGCCGCAUCAUGGAGGCUCUGUCAUCGGGCUUCUUGAUCAACGGACCCGGCUUGCUUGAUCCCUGUGAAAAGGACCCAACCGACGCGCUGGUGAAUCUGACCAAGCAGGAGCGAGAGGAUCUCACUGUUUCGGCACAGCUCUUCUUGCGCUACAUCGCCUUCCGCCAAAUUUACAAAGUGCUCGGCAUGGAGCAGCUGCCGGCUAUGAAGUUUCCCAUGCGUCCAUGGCGCAUCAACCGGAAGAGGCGCAGGUCCUCCGGCAAGGCGGGCGCCCCCGGCGGAGAGUCAGAGUCGGCGGAUAUCGACGAAACAGGUUCCGAUGAGAAGGUGGCCAAGAAGGAGGGCGGAAAUUCCGCUUAGUUUAGUUCGUAAUCACAUAGUCGGCUAUUAAAUAUAACAAUUCUUCUCAACAUAAA